AGUGAAAUGAAAUGAAACUCUCAUCGUCUUCCAGCAGCAUGCAGAGUUUCUGGCUCAGUUUUCCAACUGGAGGAUAAGCUGCCUUUGUUUGAGAGGGUUAGGCGCAAAUGCAGUUGACAUUUUGCUGGGUGUUCCCUUAGGUUAGGGGCAACAAUAUGCAAGCUAUUUGAGUUUCACAAAGCGCCGCCUGAAGAAUGCUGUGGAAUGCAAAAGCUUGUACAUGUGCUUCACUAACUCUCGAGGUACAAGGUAGGCUUUGAAAGAUACCCCUGUUUCUCCUAAAAUAAGACGUAGCCAUAAAAUAAGCCAUAGCAGGAUUUUUAAGCAUUCAAGGAAUAUAAGCCAUACCCUGAAAAUAAGCCAUAGUGAUAGGCAGUUUAACUUUGUAGGUUAAACUGUACCAUACUUAAUUAAAAAAAUAAGACAUCCCCUGAAAAUAAGCCAUGGUGUGUGUUUUUUUGAAGAAAAAUAAAUAUAAGACGGUGUCUUAUUUUCGGAGAAACAUGGUAUAUUAAAUCACAGCAAUGGCAGCCUGAUUCAGAGAAAUGGUCCACCACCACAGAAUCCUCUGCCACAGAAUGAGGACCAUGGCUUUAGAUGGCUUUAAAGGGUCACACGAUUUCAUGGAGGGAUAAGACUGCAGAAAGCUGAGAGAUAGGAUAGCCAAGGGGAACCUGAAUGCACAGAGGUGGUUUACCUCUGAGUAAGUUUCUGGGAAGCAACAUCUGGAAAGAGGGCUGUUGCCAUCAUUUCCUACUUGUGGGUUUCCCCAACGGAGCCUCUGGUCAGCCACUGUGGACACUGGAUGCUAGAUGAGAUGGGUCCCCUUUAGGGACUGAUCCAGCUGCAGGGGGGACCACUAUGUUCUUACACUAGAUUGUGCCUGGCACUGGGAGACAUGAGGAAGUGUGUGACAGCACUGGCUUCUAAUAUAGAUACUUUGCUCUGUUUCUUGUUAAUUAAUUAGAGUGCUGCAGAACUUAAUGAGAUAUAACCAGUGGUCUUCUUGGGAUAAACGGUUCGUGUUCCCACAGUCCACAAAUUUCUUUCGGUCCUUUCUACAAACAACAGAUCUUCCAAGGCAGAACAUUUUAAAGUUUGUUUUCCGCUGUGAGGGAGCCCGUCAAGAGCUGGUCUCCCUCAAGCUGCGCACGGCUUGAAUGUGAAAAAUAGCAAAAAAAGGUCUUUGCCCAAAGGAGUCUGGAAUUUCCACAGAUUCGUCAGGAAUGCAGACCAUAAUAAAUAACAAUAACAAUAAACAUAGACUCAAUUGUGGAAAAUUGAAGGUUUGUGCUUUCCUGGACAAUUGGCUCCGGAGUUUGUUGUCUAAGCUGGGAAGAACUUCAGAGACUGUUUUUGUUCUGACUGGGAAGCUAUGAUUGACCCCCAAAAGUUAGUAAAAACAAGCUUUAAAACACGGCUGGCACUUAGCACACAGGCAAAAAGCCACCGCACUCUAGUGCAUCUGAAAUGUAAGGGCAGGCGAGAGCAGAGGGAGAGGAAAGAGGAAAGAGAAAGAGACGGGAUGAAUGAACAAGUCAAGACUUCACAAGUGUAGCAAGAACAAAGUAGGGAAUGGUUUCAUAAAUGGACCUACAAUCUGCAGGAAAAACAAGGCUGAGGUCAAGGAAGACUUCUUAGAAGUGAGGAGAGGGAAAGAAAGGAAGUAAUCUGAGCCAGAGUUUUGUAAUGGCAGUGAAGCAUGACCGAGGGUCAAGGAGGUUUGCAUGGGGCUGGAACAGAUUUUGAGAGCAAACCCCCAUCCUUUGGGUUUUAGAUGGAAAUGGAUGGGUGCCUCUGCCUGAAUCCAGAACUUGGUUCUUAAAGGUUGCUAUGGGGUGGAUCCUUCUCUCUUUUAGGGGAGGUCCAUAACUCUCUGGUAGCAGCCUCUGCUUUGCAUGCAUAAGAGCCCAUUCACCCCUCCCCCUAGCACCUCUAGUGAGAAAGGGACCAGGGAGCAUGCGAUGCGAGAAGACUCUUCUCUGCAAGGGGAGGCGCAGCCAGUCAAGAGUAGACAACAUUGGGCCAAGUGGAUGAAUCACCAGAUCUGGUAAUAUGGCGCAGAACGGUCACAGCUCAGGGGGCAGAGUGUAUGCUUUGCAGGAAUAAGGUCUCUGCUUUGAUCUCUGGUCGCUCCUGUUAAAAGGAGAAGCUAGCAUGUGAUGGGAAACAUCCUCUCUGACUAUGAACCCAAACAGACAUUGCCAGCUAGAAAGACCAAGAGCAUGACUUGGUAUGAAGAGAUGGCUCUACAGCUUCUUCCAUCCCUUCUGUGCCAUUGGAGGGGUCACUUUAUUGCACAGACUGUAGCCCAGGUAGGGAUGAAUGUAUUUGUCUAUUUCUCUUAGUUUCUCAUUUUUCCAGCCUUAAAUUCUGUUCUCCAUAUUUCUGCGUUAACUUGCAAUUAUUAUCUUUAAAAGUCCUAAUGAAAAUUAAUCAGCAAAUUAGGACUGAAAUCUCUCCUAACGUACAGAUUUUUGCCAAUGAUUUCCUCUAGUAUAACGCUUCAUAUGUUAUUUUCACAAAUGUAUGUGGUUUUUAUGCACUCCAAGCAAUUUUUUGUGUGCAAAAUAUGUGGUUGCUGAACUGCAUCGCAAAAAUUCAGGUUAGUGUGAGAAUUUCAAAGGACAGUUGUGUUCCAAUUUGCUUUGGGAAAUUGCUAAUUUGCUAGUUUUGCAUUGAAACCCAAACAAUUCCUCCCCACGGUAGCAGAUUUUUGAAAUGUGUUUUGCUAAACCCUGUCGCAAGCAUCCAUUAUUCCAAAGGAAGUUGGCCCCGUCUUGCACUGAAGACUCCCCAGUGAAUGAAGCAAGUGCUCUCGGGCAUAAAAUGAAGCACAGCUAACUAAGCGCUGUGACAUAAGGCAUUUGAGUUAUGUACUGAAUCCAAAAGAGAAGGGAAAUAUUAUCUCACAAAACCAAACACAGACCCACUAGCCCCAUUCAAAGAGCCCCACUUUCUGGUUCUGCAGCCAAAAUGGUGGAGGUGAGGCUGCCAACCCCUAUCAGACCACAAUCCAUGGUUGGUGGGCUUGGCUUUGAUAAGUCAGGAAUGUACCAGCCUCCAUUAAAUUGUGUGCAUGUUUGUGGGUGGGUUUAUUUGUUUUUUACCACUGGGUGAGGGAGAGAAAUGGUUCUCUUUUUUUGCAAGUGAAACUGGGGGGAAACUUUUAAGCUGUACUGUACUUUGAUGAAGGUUUGGCUGUGAGGGGCCCAACAGAGUAGCCUUGAAGACCAGCUACCUUUCCCUGGCCUGCAAGAUGCAUUUUAAAUGCAAUUGCCUUGGCCCACAGCAAAGUUUCCUUUUGCAAAUAAAUCACCCUGAGUAAUCCCCACUCAAAUCUGCAUGAACUACACAGUUAGGUAACAGCCAGGCUACCCAUAUACAUUCAUUCCUGAGGCCGGGGUGGGGGGGGACUCUUUCCCAUAUGGGUCUGAAAAACCGAAGGGGUGAAAUCUCAGGUGUUAUUUGGGCAGGGGUCUGGCAUGGGUAAAGUGUGGGUAACUACUAAAAAUGCUGCCUAAAGCAAAGUCUGGAUUCAACCCCUGCUUGAAUCAAGGGAAUGCUUAAUUUUUAGAGUUUCUUUGGGAGGGGGGGUGUUAGUGCAAGGACUGGUUCUUGUGAGGAAAACUGAAAGUUAAGGAGCACCUGAGCUUACAGAAAGUGCCUUUUCCAUAGCCAGCUUCCGCACCUAGAGAUCGCUGAUUAGAUGUUGUUUUCGAGACUGACCCCUGGCACUUCUCCUCCAUAGCAAUCAACUAUCGGCCAAGAGGCUUCCUGGGUGAAAAGUCCAUUCCCAUCUUUGCAGCUAAGGAGCAAGGGUUGCAUCUUGGUGGUAUAACACAUGCUGUUCGUGCAACCGGUCUCAAGUUCACUCUGCGGCAUCCCCAAGUAGGGCUGGGAGAGUGUUCUGCUCGAGAUCCUGGCAAGUUGAUACCGGUCAGCGUAGACAUUAUUGAACUAGAUGGACAUAUGGCCUGAUCCUGUAGCAGGCAGCUUUUGCUGAAUAAGUCAGACUACUCAAACGGAUGGGGGGACCCUAAUGGCUCCGGGGGAAGGGCCCCAUAGCUCAGAAGCAGGGAACCUGCUUUGUGGGCAGGAGGUCCUGGGUUCAAUCUGUGGCAUCUCCAGGUAUGGAUGGAGGAGAUUCCUGCCUGGAACAGGCGAGAGCCACUGCCAGGCUUCAAUGGACAAUACCAACCGAGAUGAGCCAAUUGCCUGACUCUGCAUAAAGCAGCUCCCCAUGUUUCUAUUCAGAUCAGCCCUUUGUUAACAACCAAGGGGACUAAAAUCUGUUUAUGGCAAGAACCACAGCUCAAUGGUAAACGGGACUUUUUUUUUUCAGCCGGAGCCCUAUAAAAAUAGCACUGGUGAUAAUGUAAGCAGAGGGUCUUGGGUUUAAUCCCCAGCAUCCGCAGGCAGGGCUCAAACCACUGGGAGCCGGCCACUGUAGAUGCCAGGCUAGAUGGCCCAGUGGUCUGCCUUGCAUAUCGCCUUCCUACAUUCCACAGCGGAGAAGCCUUUUCCCCCUUAGCUUGCCUCUGAGCAAAGGUGUGCCUAAACCCUCCAAAUGUCUCCCAGAGCCCCUUUCAAGGCUUAAACGGCGCUUGGGGAAAAGAGCAGCCCCAAAGCCGGGUGCACUUUCCAGGUUGUAUGUUUUUUAUUAGUGGUGCUUCCAGCUGUUGAGGAAGAGCCAGCCAGCCUGUGUUUGCGUAAGAGUGACCUUUCCAGCGGCUCAGAACAAAAAUAGAUAGUAAUAAACUCUUAUCCUUGAUGCUGUUCGCUGGAGGACCUGGAAAGUGUUGGAUGGUGGCGGGCAGAAUGGCAGAUGGCGAAGGAGCCAGUCCCGGGGGGAAGUGAAACCCCAAGGGGUUUAGGGCAGACUUUGCCAACCUGGCGCCCUCCAGAUGUUUGGACCACAAUUCCCAACAUCACCAUCGGCUGGGACUGAUGGGACCUGUGGGCCAAAGCACCUACUGGGCACUAGGAUGGUGAAGGCUUCUUUAGUGGAUACCUGCUGCCCCAAACUCUUGACAUGGCUGUCAAAAGGACUGCAUGGUCUUUUUUUUAUAAAAGGUGCCUGGGCAGCCUGGCUGUUAAGCCGACCAAUCCACAGUUGGACAGGCUGUUGCUUACUUGCCAUCAGCCGUCCAGUGCUGUGCCACUUGGAAAGUGUUUUUUUCCGUAUCAGCCCAUAAAUUUGUUGAUGCUAUUUUUCUUUUAAAACUGUGAAAUCGCUUUGAGAUAAUUUUACGGGAAGCAAUUCAUAAAUGGAAUCAGAUAUAGAAAUAAUACAAUAUAGAAAUAAUAGAAUGGCUUCAAGCACUAUCCCUGCAUACAUAUGGAGGCUCCAUUCAGAUAUUGGGUUGCCAACCGCAGUUGAUAGCCCUCUGCUGCUGCUGCUGCUCCUUUUUGGAAAGCUACCUUAAGGUGGUGGCCAUCACCACGUCCUGUGGUAGCGAGCAAAUUCCAUGAGCAAAUCCUAAACUGCCUAUGGAAUUGAGCCGUAAUUACAAAUAAGUUACUUAUAGGUAUAUAUAAAAAAAGAUGAGGCACUGGGAGGAUGUGACUCAGCAGGAGCCCAGGGUGGCCUUCACCGAAACUGGCUGUGGAACGGAACGUGAAGAUGAUUGUGGAAAGUUCUGUUCCAGGGUGCCUGUGAACGGUGGGUCAUUCUCUGUCAUUCUAUCAAGUCCAAUCCAGAGGCUUAAAGUCCACCCGGGUCGCCUCUCCGCAAUUGUACCUGGCACUGAAUUGCUCUUGCCCAGCUUGUGAAAUCGCUGGGCUUCCAGUCCCAGCAUGAUUUUUAUUAUUUUCGGAGGCUGGCUGAGCCCUCCGGUGGCAGAGCUCCGAAAGGAUGUCCCCGGCAUGGGAUUCUCACGGGAGAAACGGAAAGUGCUCGGUCUCCUGCUCUGUGCUGUAGAUAGCCGUGUGCUAGUUGAUGAUUAACCAAGGUAUGACAAUUGCAACAUGCAUAUGGCCCUAGAGAUCCAGGUUUCUCUGCAUGGGAAAAAGAGCUAGCAGGUGAUUGCACGUGGAGCCUUCUCUGUGCCGUGGAAUUUCAGGAUUCAGCAGGUACAAAUUCUUUCUUCUUUCUCCUCUUACAAACUACUCCCACCUGGCCACGGCUGGGAGAUGCUGAUACUGGAUUCUUGAUUUGAGCCCUCUGAUCUAACAAGGCUCCUGUGGGCUUGCAUGAGGCAGAUCCUCCCCACGUUCCCCCUUCACAACAAUCCUGCAAGGUAGGUAAGGCAGUGAAAGUGGGGAUUUAAACCCAGGUCUUGCCAAUUAAAUCCACAGGAUGAUUCUGUGGGAUGAUGAGGCUGAUGAAAGUUGUAGUUCAAAACAUCUGGAGGCCACAGCAUGGUGACGGCUGGUGAAAAUCUUCACUCUGUCAAUAAUACUCCUCUCCCAGAAGAGCAUUGGAUGGAGAUAGGCAGCCCUGUCCUCAACAUCUGAUGAUCUGAUGACCCUCUCUUUUAACUGUUUUAGCUACAUGCUGGCCAUAGAUCAUUAGUUUGCCCAAUGCUUUUUCAAAGAAGCCACUCCCGCUAGGCUUUUCCAUCACAACACCUUGUGGUUUGACAUGCCAGCUCAGAAGCUACUUUCAUGUCUCUUGGGAUGUGGCUCAUAACUCCCAAAUUAUGAAAGCUCCUUCAUUCAUACUUGUGGUUUUCGGUCAGAUUCCAGCAGUUACGUGAGCAUUACAUAAAGAAAUACAGCUGUUUGUUUAACCUAUCACACACUGAAGUUAUGUAAUAACCAGCAAUAGUCUUUUCAUAGAACUAUAGAAUUGUAGAAUUGGAAGGGACCCCGAGGGUCCAACCCCCUGCAAUGCAGGAAUCUCAACUAAAGCAUCCCUGACAGAUGGCCAUCCAGACAGAUGGUGCCCAGAACUGCACACAAUACUCUGACUGAGGCAGGACAGAGCGGUACUAUUACUUCCCUUACUUACUUAUAACAUACAGAAAUGCAUUAUAUUAGGGGAAAUUAUUUGCAAAAAUGUGCACACUAGUCAAAACUGCAUACAAAAAUCAGUUUAUUGGGAAAAAUUUGAACUAAAGUGCUGGAUAAUUUUCAUGAGGAUUUUUUAAAAACAAAUUUGCAGAUUGCUGUAAAAAUGUGGAAAACUGAAUGUAAGAUUGGAAAAAUGAGGAGCUGGGAGAAAUGAAACUGACAGAUCCUUCCAUCUCUUCUUGUAGGUAGGGCUCAGACCCAAUGGGGCACCUUCUCCAACCAGCAAGUCAUAUACCGUAUUGGCCCGAAUAUAAGCCGUACCCGGAAAUAAGCUGCACCUUUAAAAUUCAAGAGAGAAAAAGACAAUACCCGAAUAUAAGCUGCUCCCUUAACAUUGGGUUACAGGGUGAAAAUUGCUGCGGUUGGUAGAAUUGUAACUCCGAGCAGAUUUAAGCCUUUGAUCUUGCAAGCCCACAAUAGUUACCGUACAAUCGCUAAAAUUCUGCAGGUGUUCAAGCUUGCAAACUGGCAAUAAAACAUUUUUGGUUCCGUUUUACCGUAUGUCUGUUUCAGCAGUGAUACUGUAAAAGCCAAUUUUUUUAAGGUCGUGAAUUUAAGCCUCACUUUAACUUUUCACAGUCGGAAUUUUUUGGGGGGGGGGGGAAGUGUGGCUUAUAUUCGGGCCAAUACGGUACUGUAGGAACAUAGGAAGGUGCUUUACAGCAUCUAGACCAGAAGUGCAUCGUCUGACAGGCUGCAGCUCUCCAGUGCCUCAGGCAGAGAAAGGUCUUUCAUGUCACCUGCUUAUCCAUUUUGACUGGACAUGCAGGGGUUUGAACCUGGGACCUUCUGCAGGCAAAGCAGGGUGUGCUGCCACUGAGCUCCUUUCACUCUCUUAGGAACCGAUGAUGCUUCCUUAUACCAGGUCAACCAAUUUGCCCAUCUAGCUCCCUGGUAGCCAUUAUCUGGGGUCUCCAGCAGAGAUAAUUCCCAUCACUGCUACCUGAGACCUUUUAACUGGGGGGUUGGAUUCAGGACCAUAUGCAUGCAAAGCAAGAGGUUCUACCACAGAGCAAUAAGCCCCCCCUCCAAACAUCGGCAAAGUUUCCACGAUUUUCGGUGCUCAUCACAGCACACUGUAUUCCCACGAUCUCAGGGUGGACGGUGGCUGAGGAGAACAGAGUUCUCAGGGGGAGGGGAGGGUAUGCUUUCAUUGAAAUAGCUGGAAUUGUGACAGUUUAGAAUUCUGCAGCUGCGAGGAAGGGAGGGGCUUCAAAGAAGCUGAUCAGGUAAUGUCAAUGUUCAAUAAGCAAUGCUUUUUAAAAACCACGCGAGCAAGACACCACAGAAAGGAAGAGGGCUGGAUACAUUGCUUUCAUAUGUUGCUUUAUGCCGGAGGCAGUCAAUACCUCUGAAGGCCCGUUGAUGGGAAUCACAAUUGGGGGAGUGUGCCGUUGUAGCACUCAGGCCCUGCUUGUGGGAUUUGUGUCGGGGCACCCAGUUGGCCACUGUGAGAACAAGAUGCUGGACUAGAAGCACUAUCUGAUUUAAAGGUAACGGUAAAGGUAAAGGGACCCCUGACCAUUAGGUCCAGUCGUGACCGACUCUGGGGUUGCGCACUCAUCUCGCAUUAUUGGCCGAGGGAGCCGGCGUAUAGCUUCCAGGUCAUGUGGCCAGCAUGACAAAGCCGCUUCUGGCGAACCAGAGCAGCACACGGAAACGCCGUUUACCUUCCUAUUUAUCUACUUGCAUUUUGACGUGCUUUCGAACUGCUAGGUUGGCAGGAGCUGGGACCAAGCAACGGGAGCUCACCCCGUCACAGGGAUUCGAACCGCCGACCUUCUGAUCAGCAAGCCCUAGGCUCAGUGGUUUAACCACAGCACCACCUAGGUCCCUACUAUCUGAUUUGCGCAUCCUCAAAUAUCUUGGUUUUAUUUUUCAAAGACUGCUUGGCAUCUAACAUAGCGCACCUUAAAUGUUUAAAGCCAGCUUGCAUGUUCAACUGUCCUGUAAGUUAGACCGGUAUUAUACUCCCCACAAUGAAGACUGGGUGGGACAGAGGGAGUAUGGUGUGACUUGAACCAAAAAAUGCUCUGGCUACGGCACUGCUCACCCAGCACAACGGCGUGGCUGUUAGAUCAUUCUUCCCCUUUUUGGCCAGACUUCUGUUGGCACAAGACCUACCUGAUUAUAAAAACAGAAGGGAGAGGUUAUUACAAAUAAUGGACAGGUUCCAAAGAGCUACUUUGGGCGCGCCUGAGGGUUUGAGUAGGUCAAAUCGUGACAGCAGGUAGUAGCAAUUGGACGUGAAAGCAGAGCAUUUGUGUCCACCGAGAGGGCUCACGAAACAGAAUGAAAAGAGGGUGGCAAGGAUAGAUCCUUUAAAAAAUACUAUUAAAAGAAAAAAGAAAAGUCAGUGCCAAUUAGACUGUCAUUGCGGGGGCAGAGGGCAAUAGCAGCGUCUUUUCCUACAGUAGUAACAAGAAGGCCAACCAUUAUACUGCAAAUCUGGAGCAAGAUGCCAGUAAUUGGAAAGCACCAAGAAAGCCAGAGUCCAUUGCCUAUGUCAGACUGGGGCUUUGUCACUAGCAGAAGAAGAUGCUGGACUAAGGGAGCUUUGGUCUGACCCAGCAGGGCUCCUUGUAUAUUCUUAGGAAAGGGUCAAUGAACCAGAUGGAUGCAACUCCAGGAUGGAAAUGCGAACUGCACAGACCUGGGUCUGCUUUGUUGGGAAUUAUUGUUGGGAAUUCGUUCGUUGGGAAUUCGUUGGGAACAGUUAUUAAAUUGUUAUGGCUCUCCUCAUGCUUACAUGGGAGUAAGCCCAACCAAACGCAACGGGGCUUGCUUCUGAGUAGGCGUAUAUAAGGCUGUACUAGAAGAGGAACAUUUUGUUCUGCCUGGUAAUGUAGAUUUAUCAAUGUGCACAAUAUAGGGUGGUAUUCAAUGUGAGUCAUACUCUAGAGUAGACUUACUGGAAUUAAUGGACUAACACAGAUCCAUUAAUUUCAGUGGGUCUACUUUGAGUAGAAAUUAGUUGGGUGCAGUUUGUUAUUCUUAACUGCGUGCAAUAGCAAUGCCCGGCCCUGCUGCAGGGAAGGCAUUUUGAGGUGCCUUGGAAGAUUACAUUCAACCCACCGUUUGGUGCCAUUUGAAUUUUAUGCCCUGACAUGCCAAUGAUUCUUGGUUUGACUUUAACCAAUUAAUUGGUUAGCUAAAUCAAUUUUUUUUUAAAAUUAUCAAUUGACUAAAUGGCACCCCUGAUUGAAUAGGACUUUUUAAUAUAAGUUAAUUCUUUUUAAUGUAAGUACUCAUUUAAAAACAAACAACUGUGAAUGGCAGGCAAAAUCUUAGGAAAGGCUUUUCUUUUUCAUUCCCAUGCCAUGAGGAAGUUUUAAAGAAAGCUCUUGUUGUGAUGUAUGCAUGCCCCCAUCAACAAACUAAUACAGUAUGCUUCCACCCGCUUCGAAACUAAUGCUGCAUUCAUAUCCAAAUUAACUGCAGAUAGUAUUGGUUGAAUGAAUCAGGUGAAACUCACACAAAUAACCAAAUCCUAUGCCUGAGCUUUUCUUCUCCAUACCUCAACUUGAAUGCUGGUGGGCUGGGGUGGGGGUGGGGGGUCACAAGGAUCUUGUGCAAGUAAGUAAAAUGAAAUGGUUUGGUGACAGUACUACUGUAGCAGCAACAUCACUAUCAUCCCAGUACCUGCCCUUUCCUUGCUACUGGCAUAUAGGGCCGGCCCUACUAUUAGGUAGACUGAGACAGCUGCUUAGGCAGCAGACACUGAGGAGCAGUGUAUCAAACCCCCCCCCCCCAUUUUGCCUGAGCUCCCUAAGCUGUCCUGGUGCUCCAGGUGUGGUAGAGGAUGCGACCCCAUUACCACCACUGAAGUAAGAGUCACCCUGGUUGGGUUCUGUAUAUGGAACAGUGAGAGACCAUCACCUUGUCCUUCACAUUAUACAGCAAAAUGCCUUUAAGUACCUGUGUCAUUGCAAGAGCUGAACAUUGCCUUCUACAAUCUUGCCGCUUACAAUUGUUCUUCUAUCUCAUUAUUAAAUCAAAGAACAGAAGGGUUUUCAUGUCUGUACGCAUGUUUUAUGUAAAAUAAGACCAUAUAACCAAUCGAUAAUCGUCUUGCCAUUUUGUUUUUCUCUCCGCCAUUAAAAUGUUGAGCUGCCUGUUUCCUCAAACAUGUUUCAGGGCCCACAGCUGAGCUGCUGAUGCUGAGAAACCCACAAAGGAAUCUGUGGCUGGAAAGGCGGUCCUAGUGGAAGUCCCCUGCAGAUGGAUAGGAACGCUGCCUUCUAGCCCACCGGAAUGGAGAAGCCAGCCCCCAGCGAGACCCAGCCCCUCACGCCUCCAAAGGCCUCGAACUGUAAGGAAGGGGAUGACUGCUCGGAGAAUGGACUCCUGAUCAAGAUCACCGAACCUAAAUUCCAACUGGCGGAGGGUGCAAAUCAAGCCCACCCUAGCCAGGGAGAAAAGGAGGAGACGACGAGCCCUGUGUCCAAUGGGAUUUCAGGAGCCCAGAGCCCAAGUCCUUGUAAUGCGACAGGGGGCAACGAAGGUGCCCCUCCCACACCCACUGCUCCCAUGACCACCACCCUCUGUGUGGCAGAGGGUCAGCAGCAGGUGAUGGAGUUGGACGAGAGGGAGACUUGGAGCAAGAAAGUGGACUUUCUCCUCUCUGUUAUCGGCUAUGCAGUAGAUCUAGGAAACGUAUGGCGCUUCCCUUAUAUAUGUUACCAAAACGGAGGAGGGGCUUUCCUCAUCCCGUACACAAUCAUGGCUAUCUUUGGAGGAAUCCCGCUCUUCUACAUGGAGCUGGCACUGGGGCAGUAUCACCGAAAUGGAUGCAUCUCAAUCUGGAGGAAGAUCUGUCCCAUUUUCAAAGGAAUUGGCUAUGCCAUCUGCAUCAUUGGUUUCUACAUUGCCUCGUACUACAACACCAUCAUGGCAUGGGCCUUGUACUACCUCAUCUCCUCAUUCACGAGUGAGCUGCCCUGGACCAGCUGCAAAAACCCUUGGAACACCAACAACUGCACGAACUACUUCUCCAACAAGAGCACCGCCUGGACUGCCGGCUCGACCUCCCCGGCAGAAGAAUUUUACACCCGCUACAUUCUCCAAGUGCACAGGUCCAAGGGGCUGGAUGACCUUGGAGGAAUCAGCUGGCAGCUGGUCCUCUGCUUGAUGCUUAUCUUCACCAUUGUGUACUUCAGCAUCUGGAAAGGAGUCAAAACAUCUGGAAAGGUUGUGUGGGUGACAGCCACAUUCCCUUAUGUCAUACUCUUUGUCCUCUUAAUACGGGGCGCUACCUUGCCUGGGGCCUGGAGAGGGGUGGUCUACUACCUGAAGCCCGAAUGGGAUAAGCUUUUUGCUACUGAGGUGUGGAUUGAUGCAGCUGCUCAGAUCUUCUUCUCUCUUGGCCCAGGAUUUGGGGUCCUCCUAGCCUUUGCAAGCUACAACAAGUUCCAUAACAAUUGCUACCAGGACGCUCUAGUCACCAGCACUGUGAACUGCCUAACCAGUUUUGUGUCUGGGUUCGUCAUCUUCACUGUGCUUGGGUACAUGGCUGAGAUGAGGAACCAAGAGGUGGCAGAUGUGGCCCGAGACACAGGACCCAGCCUCCUCUUCAUCACCUAUGCAGAGGCCAUCGCAAACAUGCCUGCCUCCACCUUCUUUGCCAUUAUAUUCUUCCUGAUGUUGAUCACCCUGGGACUGGACAGCACAUUUGCAGGCCUAGAAGGGGUGAUCACUGCUGUCCUGGAUGAAUUCCCGCACAUCUGGAGCAAGCGCCGGGAGCUGUUUGUGCUGGGUUUCAUUGUGAUCUGCUUCUUGGGUGCAAUGCCGACGCUGACCUUUGGUGGUGCAUAUGUCGUAAAGCUGCUUGAAGAAUAUGCCACGGGCCCAGCUGUGAUAGCCGUGGUGUUCCUGGAAUCCAUUGCAGUGGCUUGGUUUUACGGUGUCAGCCAGUUUUGCAGUGACGUGAAGGAGAUGCUUGGAUUCAGCCCUGGAUGGUUCUGGAGAAUCUCCUGGGUAGCCAUCAGCCCACUUUUCCUCCUGUUUAUCAUUUGCAGCUUCAUGUCGAGUCCCCCAGAACUCCGCCUCUUCAACUAUACUUAUCCUUACUGGACUGUGGUGUUGGGCUACUGUAUCGGGACCUCGUCCUUCAUUUGCAUUCCCACCUACAUGGUUUAUCGCUUGGCAACCACUCCGGGAACACUUAAAGAGCGUAUUCUAAAAAGCAUUACUCCAGAAACAGCCACAGAGAUUCCCUUUGGUGACAUCUGUAUGAAUGCUGCCUAAACAGCUGUUAGUGGGAGGUGUGUGUGGGGAGGGGGCAUCACUAGCUCCUUGACUCUCUUGUUGCUUUGAAGCUCCUUCCCAAAUAACUGAAUUUCCACUGAAAAUUGUUUUUUUGACAAGAGGCAGAAGUGUGGUGACAAAAGAUUAGGACCGCCAAUCGUCUGAAAACUAAAGACUGGCUGCACUCCUUAGCACCAGGCUCUCUUAUGAGUUUCAAUUCACUGCACUGGUUUUUUUUUGUUUUGGAAACAUGAGGAUGCGCUCAAGUGUGAAUGAGUAUCCGUUACUCCAUCCAUGGUGGGUGGGGCAAGGGGCCAUCUGAAUGCAUGCAUGGUUUAGUCAAGCCUCUUGUCAGGACAACUGUCGCGAUUUAGGAUUAUAUUUAGAACCCAUCUGUCUGUGCCGACACAACUGUUAUCACUCUCAAUGUGAUCCCCUGUAAUAGAACCUGUUGUAUAUGCUUCUAGGGACCUCACCGUUUUCAACCUAGCUGAAGAAAUAUGGGAACUCACCCAGCCCAACCCAAUGCAUUUUGCCAAAUUAAUAUGCAGACAAAGUUUCAUGGUUUGAAUGGGGCCUCUGCUCAACACCUGGGAGAGAGACGUUACUGACCCCCCCCCCCCUUGCAAGUGUUGAGCUUGUAUAGAACUGCACGUCUUCUGGAGUUCUGCUAGACUUGCUGCAGAGGGAGGGAAGGAAAGUGUAUCUACCUGUAAAGAUUUGGGGGGGGGGGGCAAUAGUUAUCUCCAAAAAAAUAGCAUAUCAGAAGACCCUUUUAUCUGAUAAGCUAUCUAUAUGCAGGGAUUAUGUGCUUCACACGAUGUGUGCUUAUAAACGGAGGAGCCUUCAGACAUGAAACCCACACCGAAGUGGUACAGACCUGCAACAGCUGCACCACAUGACCCUGCUAAUUCUGUACCUGGUCCUAAGAAGGGGCUCAAUCUCAGCUGAGGUGGUGAAGCCACCCAGUGCUGACUGUGGGGUGGAGUGUUCUGCUCACUGCCACCUGCUGCAAGACAUUUCAGAAGACUGUUAAUUCGUCACCUUGCCACGCUACAUUGGUGUUCAAAUAUAUGCUGGGGUUCACCACCUGUGUUGCUCCCCCAGCUGUUCACCCACCCAUCACUCCAGGUGCAAGUGUACAGGAAUGCAUUUUUGCCACCAUACAGGUGUAUCUUUUUACCUAUCGCGCUAGAUGCUUGUUAUAGCAGGCUAAUGCAUUCAGGGAGCAAAUAUUCCCAUAGCCUAGUGUAGCCACACAUAGAGGACUACUUCUUAAGAAGUGUCUUAACUGGGUUUUAUUUGUUUUUAAUUGAGUGGGCACAGAGCUGUUCAUUAUAUGCAACCACUCUAUAGGAGCUGUGCUCCACUGCAGCUCUGCAUCAGGAGACAUGGAUGGCAGUGACAAAUGAGGCUCUCACUUUUGAAAGCCUCUUUUAUGAGUGCUGAACUUCGAUUUUAGAAAGCUGGCAGAGACACUAAACGUGUAUGUUUACUGCUGUUGCAAAAACAACAGGUGUAACUAGCUGGAAGACUAAACAUACACAGUGCUGAGAUUACAAUUUAUUAGGCCUUUUGACAGAUGCUGCUGUUCUGAACACACCUACCCACGGAGUCAUUAAUUGUUCCAAAGAAAACAGUAUUAAAUCAAUUUCUGGUACAUGGAAGUAACCCACCAAGUGUUUCUGCUGCACAGGCCACAUUAAAACAAGUGGGACCUGCGCAAGAGGUUGGCUUGGGCACUUAUUUAGGCAACUGUGUGAAUUGGGACCAUGUUUACCUUUUUGUAUGGAGAAAUUAAAACUGGAGUUUUAUUUUACAAAACUAAAGCAUUCCUCUCUUAACUUGUAUAUAAAUGCACCUGUAUUAAUUUAUGCUGCUGCUGCUUUGGUUAUAUUGAAUGUCCCAAGCUGGAUUGUAUGUCAUCAGUAUGUGCCUUGCGAUGUAAACUGUUACUGUAAUAAAUUUAAUAGCAUAAUAAAAUGACAGUUGUAUCCCCCCUCUGUCUGGUGGGAAGCAAUUUAUUAAAAUUAAAAUAUUUCUGGCAGGAAAACAUCUUCAUCAAAAUGAGUGAG